AGACACGUGGGCGCCGCCGCCGGGAUCGGUGCUGGGGCCGGGGCCGAGCGCGUGACUAGAGAUCCCACCGGCGCCUCCUCCGGCCCGGUGACCAUCGCAGUCCAGUACGUCCCCGGCUCGAGCGCGGGUGGACACGGUCACGGCCCCCAGAUCCCGGCCGAAGACUCCUUACGGCCAUGUCCAUCCUCUACGUCUCCCCUCACCCCGAGGCCUUCCCCAGUCUGCGAGCCCUCAUCGCCGCCCGCUACGGGGAGGCCGGCGAGGGUCCCGGCUGGGGAGGAGCUCAUCCCCGCAUCUGUCUACAGCCACCACCGCCCAGCCGGGCCCCGGUGCCCCCGCCUCGCCUGCCCGCCUUGGAGCAGGGACCCGGGGGCCUCUGGGUGUGGGGGGCCCCAGCUGUGGCCCAGCUACUGUGGCCAGCAGGUCUCGGGGGACCUGGGGGUAGCCGGGCUGCUGUCCUCGUCCAACAGUGGGUCAGUUACGCAGACACCGAGCUAGUUCCAGCUGCCUGUGGGGCGACACUGCCAGCCCUGGGAUUUCGAAGCUCCGGCCAGGACGCCCAGGCUGCGCUCGGUGCCCUGGGCAAGGCCCUGAGCCCCUUGGAGGAAUGGCUUCAACUGAACACUUACCUGGCUGGGGAUGCCCCCACGCUGGCUGACCUGGCUGCUGUGACAGCCUUGCUGCUGCCCUUCCGAUAUGUCCUGGACCCCUCUGCCCGCCGGAUCUGGGGUAAUGUGACUCGCUGGUUUAACACAUGUAUACACCAGCCAGAAUUCCGAGCUGUGCUGGGAGAAGUGGUCCUGUACUCAGGGACCAGGUCUGUCCCUCAGCAGCCAGGUCUUGAGGUUACUGUGCCCCCAAAGACAGCUGCUCAGCUCAAGAAAGAGGCGAAGAAACGGGAGAAGCUGGAGAAGUUCCAGCAGAAGCAGAGGCUCCAGCAGCAGCCCCCAGCGGGGGAGAGGAAACCUAAAGGAGAGAAGAAGGAGAGACGGGAUCUUGGGAUCAUUACUUAUGACUUCCCUACCCCACCCGGGGAAAAGAAAGAUGUCAGCGGCACUAUGCCCGACUCCUACAGCCCUCAGUAUGUGGAGGCUGCCUGGUACCCUUGGUGGGAGCAGCAAGGUUUCUUCAAGCCAGAGUAUGGGCGUCCUAGUGUGUCCACACCAAAUUCCCGAGGUGUGUUCAUGAUGUGCAUCCCACCCCCCAACGUGACAGGCUCCCUGCACCUAGGACACGCUCUCACCAACGCCAUCCAGGACUCCCUGACUCGAUGGCAUCGCAUGCGUGGGGAGACCACCCUGUGGAACCCAGGCUGUGACCACGCAGGUAUUGCCACCCAGGUGGUGGUGGAGAAGAAACUAUGGCGGGAGCAGGGACUGAGCCGGCACCAGCUGGGCCGUGAGGCUUUUCUUCAGGAGGUCUGGAAGUGGAAGGAGGAGAAGGGCGACAGGAUUUACCACCAGCUGAAGAAACUCGGCAGCUCCUUGGACUGGGAUCGCGCCUGUUUCACCAUGGACCCUAAAUUGUCCACUGCUGUGACAGAGGCUUUUGUUCGGCUUCAUGAAGAAGGUGUCAUCUACCGCAGCACCCGCCUGGUAAACUGGUCCUGCACCCUCAACUCGGCCAUCUCUGACAUUGAGGUGGAUAAGAAGGAACUGACUGGUCGCACCCUGCUCUCUGUGCCUGGCUACAAGGAGAAGGUGGAGUUUGGAGUCCUUGUGUCCUUUGCAUACAAAGUUCAAGGCUCAGACGACGACGAGGUAGUGGUGGCAACAACUCGAAUCGAGACGAUGCUGGGUGAUGUGGCCGUCGCUGUGCACCCCAAAGAUCCCAGAUAUCAGCACCUCAAGGGGAGGAGUGUGACCCACCCAUUCCUGUCCCGGAGCCUCCCCAUUAUCUUUGAUGACUUUGUGGACAUGGAGUUUGGCACAGGUGCGGUGAAGAUCACCCCUGCCCAUGACCAGAACGACUAUGAAGUUGGGCAGCGACACAGGCUAGAGGCCAUCAGCAUCAUGGACUCGCACGGGGCCCUCAUCAAUGUGCCCUCGCCCUUCCUGGGCCUGCCCAGGUUUGAGGCCAGGAAAGCAGUGCUGGCGGCCUUAAAGGAGCGGGGACUCUUUCGUGGCAUCAAGGACAACCCUAUGGUGGUGCCACUUUGCAACCGCUCCAAGGAUGUGGUAGAGCCUCUGCUAAGGCCUCAGUGGUAUGUGCGCUGUGGGGAGAUGGCUCAGGCUGCCAGUGCUGCUGUGACCCGGGGUGACCUCCGCAUUUUGCCUGAAGCUCAUCAGAGAACAUGGCACUCUUGGAUGGAUAACAUUCGGGAUUGGUGCAUCUCCCGGCAAUUGUGGUGGGGCCACCGCAUCCCAGCCUACUUCGUCACCAUCCAUGACCCAGCCAUACCCCCUGGGGAGGACCCUGAUGGGCGCUACUGGGUGAGUGGACGCAGUGAAGCAGAGGCCCGGGAGAAGGCUGCCCGAGAGUUUGAAGUGUCCCCAGACAAGAUUAGCCUCCAGCAAGAUGAGGAUGUAUUGGACACCUGGUUCUCUUCUGGCCUCUUCCCCUUUUCCAUCUUUGGCUGGCCUAAUCAGUCAGAAGACCUCAGUGUGUUCUACCCUGGGACACUGCUGGAGACAGGUCACGAUAUCCUCUUCUUCUGGGUGGCCCGGAUGGUCAUGCUCGGCCUGAAGCUUACUGGCAGACUGCCCUUCAGAGAGGUCUACCUGCAUGCCAUCGUGCGUGAUGCUCAUGGCCGAAAGAUGAGCAAGUCUCUUGGCAAUGUCAUCGACCCAUUGGACGUCAUCCAUGGAGCAACCCUGCAGGGCCUCCAUGACCAGUUACUGAAUAGCAACCUGGAUGCCAGCGAGGUGGAGAAGGCUAAAGAAGGGCAGAAGACUGACUUCCCAGCUGGAAUUCCGGAAUGUGGUACUGACGCCCUGCGGUUUGGACUCUGUGCUUACACAUCCCAGGGUCGAGACAUCAAUCUGGAUGUAAACCGGAUACUGGGCUACCGUCACUUUUGUAACAAGCUCUGGAAUGCCACCAAGUUUGCCCUCCAUGGCCUUGGGAAGAGUUUCACGCCCUUGCCCACCUCCAAGCCUGGAGGCCAUGAGAGCCUCGUGGACCGCUGGAUCCUCAGCCGCCUGACUGAAGCCGUGAGACUCAGCAAUGAAGGUUUCCAGGCCUACGAUUUUCCUGCUAUUACCACUGCCCAGUACAGCUUCUGGCUCUAUGAGCUCUGUGACGUCUACUUGGAGUGCAUAAAGCCCAUCUUGAAUGGAGUGGACCAGGUGGCAGCCGAGAGUGCCCGUCAGACCCUGUACACCUGCCUGGAUGUUGGCCUGCGCCUGCUGUCGCCCUUCAUGCCCUUUGUCACAGAGGAGCUCUUCCAGAGGCUGCCCCGGCGGACAGCCCAGGCCCCUGUCAGCCUCUGCAUUACUCCCUUCCCAGAGCCCUCUGAGUGCUCCUGGAAGGACCCUGAGGCGGAAGCUGCACUGGAGCUGGCACUGAGCAUCACUCGGUCCGUUCGCUCCCUGCGUGCUGACUACAACCUGACCCGGAUCCGCCCCGACUGUUUCCUGGAAGUGACUGAUGAGGCCACAGGUGCCCUGGCUUCAGCAGUAUCCAGUUACGUGCAAACUCUGGCCAGUGCAGGAGUGGUGGCUGUCCUGGCUCUGGGGGCCCCUGUGCCCCAGGGUUGUGCUGUGGCCCUAGCUUCAGAGCGCUGCUCCAUCCACCUGCAGCUGCAGGGGCUGGUGGAUCCCCCCCGGGAACUGGCCAAGCUGCAGGUCAAGCACGAUGAGGCGCAGCGGCUGGCACAGCGCCUGCGGGAGCGUCGCGCGGCCUCAGGCUAUUCCGUCAAGGUGCCCCUUGAGAUCCAAGAAGCAGAUGGAGCCAAGUUGCAACAGGCAGAAGCAGAGCUCAGGAAGGUGGAUGAGGCCAUCGCCCUAUUCCAGAAGAUGCUGUGACCCCCAACUCCAACCCUCAAAGCCCCACUGCUCCACCAUGGGAUUGGCAACAAUAAAAUAUUUUGCCACAA